AUGCUGAGACAAUCGGAACGAAUUAUUCGCCUUGCGCGAGUGAGCGGUCAGGCAACUUGGCCAGCCCAGGAACCCUUCUGGAGCCGUUGUUCGUGGCUGCCAUCUACAGUAUUCCAAAGGGCAUCCAGCCGCUCGCCCGAUCUCAACUCUGGAUUCACUGGGAGCUAUGACCCCACUGCUGAAUCGCGACGGGGUCCCAUGUUUAACAAGGCCAAAUUUGGCGUCCCGCAAUUUUAUCCCCGGGAUUUGAAAAAGCGAGUUGACGAAUACGUGGUUGGGCAGGAAAGAGCGAAGAGAAUCAUCUGCUCGACAAUAUUCAACCACUACCAAAAAUUGCGCAGAUUGCAUCAAAAUGAACACGAACGCCGGAAUUUCCAGGAAAAGCUCGUGCGUCAACGAUUUGCUCGCGACCGGGAGCAAUAUCAAAAGCGAAAGGAGCUGUACGCUGUCGAAGAAGAUUUUUUGAGGCAUGAUGAGUCGGCCAGACAUGCAUAUGAGCCUAAAAACAUCGACGAAGACACUCUCGAUCACCUGUAUGUCCCUGAGGAUCCCCUUAUUCCGAAUCAUGUCAAGAUCGACAAGAGCAACCUUCUUCUGGUGGGACCUACAGGAGUAGGAAAAACGUAUAUCCUCGAAACCCUCAGCAAACAGGUCCGCAUCCCUUUUGCAAUAUGCGAUUGUAACUCCUUGACCCAGGCCGGCUACAUCGGGCAGGAUGUAGAAACUUGUAUAGAACGCCUUCUUAUCGAGGCCAACUAUGAUAUUAAAGCUACAGAAUAUGGUAUCAUCGUGUUGGAUGAGUUUGAUAAACUCUCAAGAAGAGACUCUCCUACUGGUCGUGAUGUAGGGGGAGAAGGCGUCCAACAAGCCUUACUCAAAUUAAUUGAAGGAACCAAAGUCACAAUCAACCUUAAGGAUAAUCGUUCAUCGCGGUCAACCCCCCCGAUUACUACUGUUUAUAACUCUGCUGGGUCCUCAUCGGCGCAACAAUCAUCUCCCUCAACAGGCAAGGCCGAUCAAUACACCAUCGACACGAGCAAUAUCUUGUUUGUAUUCUGCGGUGCUUUCGUUGGGUUAGAUAAAACCAUAUUACGUCGAGUCGCCAGGCCUUCCAUGGGAUUCGGUGGGGACGUGAGCGGACGAGCGUCGUCAACGGGAAGCGAGCAAGCUCUCUCCCCUAGUCUUUACACUCAUAUUGCUCAUCGCGACUGCAUGCAGUUGUCCUCCUUGACUCCCUUAGACCUUGCAACACCCGCAGAUCUCCAAAGCUUCGGGUUUAUUCCUGAGCUUAUCGGUCGGCUGCACAAUAUUUGCGCUUUAAGCCCCCUCUCUCGCGAGGACCUUUUGCGUGUACUGACAGAACCGCGAAAUAGCCUGUUGGCUCAAUAUACCGCUCUUUUCGAGACGUAUCCAUCCGGACUGUUUUUCACCGAGAAGGCCCUCUAUGCUAUUGCGGGCAAAGCCGCAGCUUCCGGGACAGGCGCAAGGGCCCUGAAAAUGGAAAUGGAACGGGUUCUUGCAGAGCCCAUGUUUGACGCCCCGAUGCCGUACGUUCUUAUCAACGAGGCUUGCGUCAACGGGUCCGGAAAAGCGGCUUACUGGGGAAAAGAUGGGCGCUUUGAAAUAGACCGGCAGCUAGAUGAGGAAACGAUGAAUCCACAACCCGGUUUGCCGCAGUUGACGUUCGAACAUCUGCGAGAAGCUGGCCAAAGUGGAGGCUGA